AUGCCGCCGCCUAGGCCGCACGCUGCCGCGAUGGCCGCAAAAACUCACGUGUUUUCUCGGAAAAGAAGAGCGAAUACCUCCAAGGAGGGAGCUUUUAUAUCAGGCCCAGCGCCGCGAGAUCUCGGCUUCCCCGCUCCAAGACCCGUAAGGAAGCCCGAUUGGUUCUGCGUUGCCCCGCCCCUCGCCGCGCCCUGCGUGCGCCUGCGCGUCCUGCCCCAGCCGCGGCCCGGGAAUCUGCGUGACCGGAAGAGCGGCUAUAAACGCCCGCGCCGCGCUGCCCCCUUCUGCAGUUGCCUGAGGUCUACCCAGAUGUUCAAGCACAAGAUCUGGAAGAGUGGCGGGUAUGAUCUCAACCUCUUCGCCAGCCCUCCGGACUGCAACUUCCUGUGCUCUGUCUGCCAUGGGGUUCUCAAGAGGCCAGUGAGGUUGCCAUGCAGCCACACCUUCUGCAAAAAGUGCAUCCUCCGGUGGCUAGCCAGACAAAAGACCUGUCCGUGCUGCAGGAAAGAGGUGAAAAAGAAAAAGAUGGUCCACCUGAAUAGACUCCGGAAAACCAUUGGCCGUCUGGAAGUUAAGUGCAAGAAUGCCGAAGCAGGCUGCUUGGUGACAUGCCCCCUGGCCCAUCGCAAGGGGCACCAGGACUCAUGCCCGUUCGAGCUGACGGCCUGCCCCAAUGAGGGCUGCACUGCCCAGGUGCCACGUGGAGCCCUGGCCGAGCACCAGCAGCAUUGCCAGCAAGAUGCCCAACAGUGCUGUCCCUUGGGCUGCGGGGCCACCCUGGGUCCGGCUGAGCGUGCUGGCCACAACUGCUAUCGCGAGCUGCGUGACGCCUGGAGCGAGCGCCAGGAGCGCAGCCAGACCCUGCUGCUGUGCCUGCUUCGGCGCAUGCGCCGGGUGCACCGGGCCACCAGCCUCAUACACCGGCAGCUGGCCCAGCUUGGCAACUUCCUAGAGGAGGAUGAAGCCCUGCUAGCGGGCACCCCACAGGAGGCUGGGGGCAUCCCAGAAGGCAGUACCAGGGCUGAGCUAUGGGGGACCCGGGGCCAAGGUGUAAACAGAGGUGAAUAA